CCAACGUUCCCUCUUCGGUUCUUUUUGCAGCUGAGCUGCCUGGUCUUUCAUUUUUAUUCAGGAUCCCUUCCCCGAACCAGUCAUUUUCCCCGUAACCGCUCGACGCUAGCUUCGCCGACUUGCAGCCAUGAAGUUCACACAUUCUCUCUCGAGUCUCAUCUUCCUUCUCCCUCUUCUGGCGCAGGUUCACGCCACCCCACUCAGCUUCAAGGGUGGCGUUGCUGGUAACAACGGGGGUGCUGGUGGUGCUGCUGCGGCUGCUGCCGCAACUGCCACGUCUUCCGCUGCCGCCACUGCCGCCUCGUCUGCCGCGUCUGCUGCAUCGUCUGCUACUGCAAACAACAGCAACCCACAGGACUCUCUGACGCUGGAUCCCAAGGUCGUUGCCACAGGCUUUGAGAACAACGGUCAAGAUGUCCCUGCUGCCGGCCAGGUUGCCUCCCUUACCUCCGCCAACAACUUCAUUAACUUCUGCUUGACUGUACCGAACCUUCCCAUCACCAACGGUCAGCAGAUCAAGACCGGCUCAUGUAAUCCGGCGCCCAUGGGUAUCAUCGCUGCGACGACGAACAUGCCCUCGUCCAAGUUCGUUGUUCCGACGAACGGCCAGAACUUCGCGGUCAACCAGUCGUUCACCGUCCAGAUGGCUGUCUCGAACCUGGACACUGGCUUCUUCGUCAACGCGGAUGAGAACUUCUUCGCUGCUCCCCAGCAGACCGGCAGCACUGGCAACAUCCAGGGCCACUCGCACAUCGUCAUUGAGGCCGUCAACUCGUUCACGGACACGUCGCCGACCAACCCGAAUGUGUUCGCCUUCUUCAAGGGCUUGAAUGACCCCGCUGCGAACGGUCAGCUCACAGCGGAUGUCACCAGCGGCCUCGACGCUGGCACCUACCGUAUUGCGUCGAUCAACACCGCUGCGAACCACCAGCCGGCUCUCGUUUCCAUUGCCCAACACGGUGCCUUGGAUGAUAUGGUCUACUUCACUGUUGGUGGUGACGGUGCAGCAGGGAACCCCUUCUCCGGCUCUGGUGGUGCUGCCGGCUCUACUUCGGCUAGUGGUGGUGCUGCUUCCUCUGCUGCCUCGGGUCAAGCUACUGCUGCUUCCUCUGCUGCUUCCUCUGCCGCUGCCGCCGCGACGUCUGCGGCGUCGACUGGCAAGGGUGCCCAGGGCCAGAAUGCCGGCAAGGGUGGCAACCAGGGGGCCCAGGGCCAGGCCAACAAGGGCGGCAACAACGCGCAGGGCGGCAACGCCGGACAACAGCAGCCCGGUCGUCCGAAAGGCGGCUCCCCGUUCAAGGUUAGGAGGGACACGAAGAACCGCCUAUAGAGUUUGUCGAGUUGCUGGAAUGUGACUUGGACCUUUAGUUUCUGGUUAGGCGUAUCCUGUAUAUUUGCGACUGCUGAUCAGUCGCUGUGACUAGUUGGACCGAAUCGAUUGGGCUUGGGAUCCCAUCUUGUUAUCAAUUGC